GAUUCUUCAAUGGAUUCAGACGUAAUUAAGGCUUUUAAUAAAUUGCUCGUUUCAAUGCAAGAAUGUAAAGGAGGUAUUGUUAGCAAACAAAAAGUUGUUGAUAUUACAAAGGCUGCAAUGAAUGCUGUCAGAUAUUUUAAACAUGUUGUUUUUAUUGUUGAACGAUAUUUGGUUAAGUGUCGCCAAGAAUUCAAAAUCCCCGCUUUAUAUGUUAUGGAUUCAAUUUUACGUCAAGCAAAAAAGCAAUAUAAACACAAAGAUGUUUUUGCACCCAGAUUUGCUGUUAAUUUGUCUACUACGAUUAAUAAUGUGCUCGAUUGUGAUCCUACUGACAGAUUGAAAGUUGUUCGUGUUGUUAAUUUAUGGCAAGCUCAUCAAAUUUUUGCUGAUGAAGUAAUUGAACCAAUAUUAAAUAAAUGUCAAGCAUCUGGAUUAGACGUUGAACCAGCAAAAGUUGAGCGCUUAGUUAAAGGUGAAAAAGCAGAUAUGCAACUUUAUCAACAAUCAAAUUUAUUCAAUACAAGCGGCAAUUCAAUCAAAUCUGAAACUGCGCCAACUUCAAAAAUUUUAACGCCACAUAUAGGCAAUAUAAAUCCAGUGAAUGUUUCAGCUUCUGGGCAGAGUUUAGAUGAACGUCUCUCACAAUUCUCUCGUCAAAAACUUGGUAUUGGUGGGCGUUCAAAUUCAGUUACAAGCAGUACAACACUAAAAACUGAAUUGGGGCCUCGUACUCCUCCAUUAGAAGACCAUGAUCAUCGUCAACUACUUUCUUCACUCUUUUCUGACACAAAAAAAGAACCUUCUACUCCAAUUCAACUUCCUCCAGCUAAUAACAAUUCUGGAAGUGGAUUAAGUGGUGCUGAAGUAAUUUCAUUAGUUCAACCUUUGGGAUUUUCUUUGGAUCAUGUAGAGGUUGUAGCUGGUUUACAAAGAUUUUUGGAAGAACGAGUUAUUGAACAAAUUGAAAUGGAAAAGAGGAGACAAGGAAAUAUUAAGAAUCUCCUUUCUCGCGAUUUUGACUAUUCCGAUGAAGAAGAUGAAGGCGGUGGAGGUGGUCACCAUCACAAUGGUACACACACAUCGACAGGGUCACCCAUAACCCUUUCAAGUGUUUCUAAAGAAAAACUUUUAAAUCUUGCAAGAUCAGUGGUUGCUGAACCGGCACAUCAAGAAGAAAUGAGAAAAUUGGUGGCUUGUGUAAAUAAAGAUGUUGGCAUUGGUUCACCGGCUGCAAAAAUGGCCACUCCUCAACUACAACUACAACAACCAUUGACUUUUCCAAUGCCUAACUUUUCUUUUCCACCGCCAAGCUUUUCAAACGGAACUCUUUUUCCUGGUUUAUUCCUCCAGCUAACUACACCGACUUCAAUGUUUCCGAUGUCAACGCAGCAAUUUCCACAACAACAACAACAAACGCACCGGGACGAUAGAAAAGAAGCUGAAAACUACCGCAAUGAUCGAAACGAUUAUUCUAGAGGUGACAGAAGGGACAGCCGCGCUAGUGGGUCUUCACGGAAACGGAGUCGAUGGUCACCAGUUGAUGAAAAAAGUCGCAGUUCUAGACGUGAUAAUGAUUCAACACGACAUGACGAAAAAUCAUCAUCUCAUCGAAGACGAGAGAAUGAUGAAAGAUCUGAAAGAUCCUCACAUAAAAGAACUCGAAGCACAUCACCAAGAAAAAAUGAUCGUGAACGCAAUAGCGACAAAGAAAAGGAUCGUGAACAAAUGAUGAGAGAUCGUAGACGUAUGGGAUUACCCGAAAAACUGAAAUUUGAACACGUUCUCAUUGCAUCUCGAACUUUAUGGUUUGGCCGUAUUCCUACAUCAGCUAAUGAAAAUGAUAUUAUUGAAUCUGUAAAAGAAAUUGGAACACCAGAAAAAAUAAUCAUUGUUAAUACACGUGGUUGUGCUUAUGUGACAAUGCCUGAUAGAAAAUUGGCUUUUAAAAUUAUUGAUAGAAUGGGGAAGACAAUUCAAGUUUUGAAGAAGAAUAUAAAGCUUGCUUGGGCAACAAUUCCAAGCAUUAAAGAAGAACAAAAAUUUAUGGAUAAAUGGGAUUGUGAACUUGGUUUUGCUGAAAUUCCUUUUUCAAUUUUGCCUGAUGGAAAUUUGGAUAAAUUAAUGGAAGGAGCUUGGUUAGAAUUAUAUACUUUGCCUGAAUUAUUGAAAGAUCGUUAUACAAACACUGGAAUUAAACAAGUACAACAACAAUUACAAGCAAUUCAAUUGCCACCAGCAGGUUUAACACUAUUGCCUCCACAGAUGGCAGCUGGAUUACCUGCUACAGCUGCGCAAUUAAUGCCUGGUUUUACUUUUCCUGCUGCUUUAACCGCUGCAAUGUUUCCUCAAAUGGCUGCAGCUGCUUCAGGUUUAAUGGCAUUUCAACAACAACAGCAAGCAAAUAACCAAAAUCUUCCUCAACAAAAUACAGCAACAGAUUCUACACCAUCUAAUAAUAAUGAAAACAAUAAUAAUAGUAAUCCAUUAAGUACAACAACUACACAAUUUCCUCCAGUAUUUCCAAAUCAGGCAAUUCAAAUGCCACCUCCACAUAUGUUGAAUCCACCAAAUCAACAAAUUCGAUUUAAUCAACAAAGAUUUAGAGGACCAUUUCAUGGAGGUAGAUUUCCUGGCGGUGGUGGUAGAUUUCCUGGAAGGGGAAGAGGCGGAGGAAGAGGUUUUGUUAAUAGAGGUGGAUGGAGAGGUGGUGGAAGUAGUGGUGGAGGAUUUGAUGGAAGUAGUAAUAGCGGAGUAAGUGGAGGUAAUAAUGGUGGUAGUAGUGGAGGAGGUGGUGGAUGAUUCAAUUCUAAAAAUAAAUAUUUGAUACAUA